AUGAUCCUGUCGCCACGAAGCCGCAGGCCGCUGGUCCUGGCCAUAAUUAUUGGCUUCUUUUUUAUCUUCCUAGUUCAUCGAUCCCAACCAGAGACAGGAUUUCGGACAAUGUUCAAACCGCAGCAAGCACCGGUUGGCAGUACAAGCUCACCAACUGUUUCGAUUGUAUCAAAGCCACCAGUGGCAGCUUUUGACGAUGAACCCUCGCCGCAGCUAGUAGACUAUUGGACGGCGGUCCUCGAUGCGGUCAUGAAUGCGGAUCCCGAAAUCGAGGGAAUCAAGCUCACACAACCGAGCCCAGCCGCUGAAGACAUGGACCCAAAUGUACAGAGGGCAAAAGAAAUCGAUAUCGCUCAACGGAUAGAGCACGUCGACAUGCCCGCUUCGGAUCGCGCAAUGCUCAAGUCCACUCAUGCGCAGAUGGUCAAGAGCGCAAAGCAGUUAGGUCCGAUGAUACCUUACACGAAAAACUCCAAGGGCAUCGUCAUGACCGCUGGUGGCAAGUACGUCGGAAAUGCGAUUCUAUCGCUCACCAUGCUCCGACGCACCGGCUCCAAGCUCCCCGUGCAGCUCUUCAUCGAUGGUGCCGACAACUCUACCCGCGCGCUCUGCGAGGGGAUCCUCCUCGACCUCGGUGUGGAAUGCCGAAGCAUGGAUGCCAUGUUUGGCACUACCCCCCAUAUGCCCGAGCUGGAAAAAUUCCAAUACAAGGUCUUUUCGCUCCUAUUCUCGUCGUUUGACGAUGUGCUAUUCCUCGAUGCGGACUGCUACCCACUAUACAGCCCUGACCACCUGUUUGAUGUCGACCCAUACAAGUCGUAUGGUUUGGUCACCUGGCCCGAUUUGUGGAUAUCAACAGUAUCGCCAACAUACUAUGAAAUAGCCGGUGUUAAAAAGCCGCCAACUGUCCGGACGCGACGCACCUCCGAAUCGGGUGUAUUCAUGAUUAAACGCUCCACCCAUGCCGAGGACCUUUUACUCGCUACCUACUAUAACUUUUUUGGUCCGGAAGUGUACUAUAGGCUGUUUUCUCAGGGUGGCCACGGCGAGGGCGAUAAAGAGACAUUCCUGCACGCCGCCAUAGCGCUUGACAAGCCAUUUUGGGAUGUACACACGGUCCUAGGCUUCCUGGGCAGGUGGCUUAACGGUACAUUUGAGGGCGUGGGCAUGAAGCAGGCCGAUCCGGUUAAGGACUUUAACCUCUGGAAAGCCCAGGACAGCGAUCAUGCCGUGGAUGGCCCAGAUUCCCCCCGGGCACCGCACAUGUUUAUACAUUUUAACAACCUGAAGGUCGACAUCCAAAACUCCUUGAACGAGGUCAUGGACAAAGUGUUGAGAGUGAAUGGGACCGGGCAUCACACCCCUCUAUGGGGUGACGAGUCGGUGUUGAACAAACUGACCGGCUAUGAUAUCGAGAAGGUCAUGUGGGAAGAGGUUAUCAGAUUGGCCUGCACCCAGCCAGUCCAGGAGGGAUGUGACCGCUUGAUUCCCUGGUACCAAAAAGUGUUUCUCAAGUCGAAAAAGUUAAGCAGAGGAUGGAAAGGAAAGGGAACUCAGUCGUCGGCCGAUGCGGACAAGGUCAUUGAGAAGACCUAA